AUGUUGCCCCAGCUAUACCACGUCUCUCAGGCCGAGCCCUCUACUACCUGUGUUCCAUCAUUAAUACCCCCGGGCAUGGACGCGGCGCACGUAGACAUGCGCACGUUCUGCCCGUACACGCCAAAUGAGCGCAAGCACCGCAAACGUACGUCGCGCCAGCAGCUUCGUGUGCUGGAGGACGUCUACAAGCGCGACACAAAGCCGAACGCUGUCCUCCGCAAGAAGCUCGCCGUCGAACUUGGAAUGACGCCCCGCAGUGUGCAGGUGUGGUUCCAGAACCGGCGCGCGAAGAUGAAGAACAUCGCGAAGAAGCUCCAGGCGGAGAAGGAAGGAGAUCAGGAGGAUGCGCAGUCUGGCUCGGAGCACGAGCUUGAGCCUGAGCCUCCGGCUGGCCAACGUCCAUCAAUGUCGCCCAGCCCGGUGCCUCAGUCUACCUUGCCUCUUCCUGAAGUCGGGUGUGCCCCUCCAGCAUCUCAACCGCAGUCUGCGUCCAUUGCUUCAACCUCUACAUCUAACCUCCCGGCAUCGGACGUAUACCCAAAUACCCGAAUUGAACCCGCUCCCGUCGCACCCCUCCCCAUCUAUCCAAUUCCGCCAUUCCCGAACGCACCAAUGCGCACAUUUAGCACUGGCAGCAGCAGCAGCACCGGGAGUUUCCUUACAGUCCCUGACGCGCACCUACUGUCACUGCGCCGCCCAUCGCUUCCCACGUACCACAUACACAAUGCGCCCAAGUACCAUCAGCCACCCCACCCUCACUCCGCCCAAGCAUCCCUCUUCGCGAUUCCACCCUACCCUUCUUCGACCCAUCCUAAUCCAUUACCAUUUGUCCAGCCCACUGCCAUCUACGCAAAUCACAACCCCCGACCACAGCGCCUUCCCGACGCCUCCAACGCACGCCGGCUCACUGCAGAUCCGCACACGCUACAGCACGCGCACCGCCUCUCAUCGCACCCCUAUGCGCACGUUAUCGCGCAGCGUAAUGCGGAGAUGCACCCGCCGCUCCAGCGUCACCACUCGCUUGCAGGCCCAGAGGCACGCCCAGAGGCGCUUGGUGCUCGCGGGCUCGCAUUGCGCAUGUACGCCCCCGCGCGUGACGUCGGCCCGCUACUCCCCGGGCCACUGCCCGCACCGGAUUUCUCGUUCGGUGCGCCUCUGCCUUGUGAGCCUGCACCACAGGCUCCAGCGAUGGCGCGGUCGACAUCCCACCCGCAGCUGCAUCAGGUCCACCAGGCGCAGGUGCCGUACGCCUCGGGCGCUGCGGGCCAGCCGAUCGACUCCAAGAGGUUUUGGGACGAGGGGUACGGCACGUCGGACACGUACCCGAACGCCAACCCGUUCGCGUACCGCCCUCCCAGCUUUCGACCGUCCGCGCGGCCAGGUCCGCGGUUUGGGAGCCUCGCGAGCGUCGGAGAUAGCGACGAGUCUGCGGAUCUGCUAUUUUCUGAUGGUAGUGGCGGAGGCAGACCGUGGAGCGGGAGUGCGAGUGGGGACGCGGCUGGCGUGGAGGAAGGAUCUAGCAGUAGGAGGGGAAGUAUGGGGAGCUUCGGCGCCUCUGCAAGCGGCGUGAGUCGGGAAGGGGAUGGGAGGAGAGGCAGUGUGGCGUCUACUCAUUUCGUCCAGCGCUUCUCCGACCUCGACGUCAAUAAUCCUAACUCGAACCCCUCCAGCCAGGCGUCUUCUCGACGCCCCAGCUAUGCACACUUGCCACACAUCCCGCCUUCAUCUACCGGCUCAUAUUCAUCCUCUACCCUCCCUGGUGACGGAGGAAGUGCUCCCAGGCCCAUCAGCCGCCGCCAGAGCAGCUCGCUUGCGUACGCUCUGCGGCCAUCUACAUCUAAUAACAGCAAUCGCCGUAACUCUAGAGGGGAAUAUUAUCCAAACACGGACCUUGACACUGUCAUACGCAUGUUGGACGAGUACAAACCAGCAAACGGCGCACAGUUCUAUCCUUCGUCUGAUCCGUUUGACCUCCCGCUCAGUACUGAAGGUCCCAUUCCUCCUUCGUCGUCGCACCACCCCUACAUGAGUGUCGAGGCACUUCCGGUCGAUACACAGGACUUAGGAUUUGAGCCCGUGAGCCUAUAUCCAUUCAUCUCCGAGAUGGGUAGAGUAGGUGUCCGACAUGGCACCGUGUCCACGUCGCGCGAGGGGGUCGCGUAUGGCGGGCAGCCGCCGUCAUCGCGGACGGGCGCCAUCGAGCUGCAACGGAUGUGCGUGCCUGCGGAUCCCACGCUCGAGGCGCUGCAGUCGGUGGGGACCGCAAAUGCGCACACGCUGCAGUACCCGUGA